CGAGCCGUUCUGGUUUACGUGGCCAAAGUGACGUCGGCGAAGUUGACGUUUCGCGAACAUGGCGUCGCAGCAGAGCGAGGUAGACGAGCUGUUCGACGUGAAAAACGCGUUUUAUAUCGGCAGCUACCAACACUGCAUUAACGAAGCCCAAAAAGUAAAGACGUCAAAUCCAGAAAAGGAUAUUGAGAAGAACAUUUUUCUGUACAGAGCAUAUAUCGCUCAGAGGAAGUAUGGUGUGGUACUGGAUGAUAUAAAGCCCAGCUCCUCCGAGGAACUGCAGGCUGUCAGGAUGUUUGCAGAGUACAUGUCCAAUGAAGGCAAGAGGGAUACAAUAGUGACAGAACUGGACAAAAAGAUGGCCAAGAGCGUUGAUGUUUCCAACACCACCUUUCUGCUGAUGGCGGCUUCCAUCUACCUGCACGAGAUGAACACGGAUGCUGCGUUACGCACCUUGCACCAGGGGGAUAGUCUGGAGUGCAUGGCCAUGACUGUUCAGAUACUUCUAAAGCUGGACCGAGUUGAUAUGGCAAGAAAGGAAUUAAAGAAGAUGCAAGACCAAGAUGAAGAUGCCACUCUGACCCAGCUUGCUACUGCUUGGGUCAACCUUGCAAUUGGGGGAGAGAAAUUGCAGGAUGCGUUCUAUAUCUUCCAGGAAAUGUCAGACAAGUACUCGCCCACACUGCUGCUCCUGAACGGUCAGGCUGCAAGUCACAUGGCUCAGAAUAAGUGGGAUGAGGCUGAGUCGGUACUACAGGAUGCUCUGGACAAAGACAGCAGCCACCCGGAGACACUCAUCAACCUCAUUGUGUUGACACAGCAUUUGGGCAAACCUCCUGAGGUGACAAAUCGAUAUUUGUCUCAACUGAAAGAUGCACAUAAGUCACAUCCGUUUAUUAAAGAAUAUCUCGCUAAGGAGAAUGAAUUUGACAGGCUUGCCAUGCAGUACGCCCCCAGCGCCUGAAAGAACUACGCAGUUUUAAUUUAUGUCUCCGCACCGCAAUAUUAUUUCUCCUCUAUACACCUUUUUAAUGCCUUUAAACAAAGUGAUAUUCAACAGGUUGAGAUUUUUGUUUGCUUCUUUUUGAAGUCCAACAGCUCUACAAACAUUCCCGUUUGAUGGUUAAAUAAACAUGUUUAUCAUA